GGCGAUUUAAGAGUCGUCGGCGCGGCUGUAGAAAGCCGAGUGGAGCCAGGACUUGCCAGGUGGAGCAGACGCCCGAGCCAGCGUAGACACGGAGCGCACCCGCACCUCUCUGGGCACCUCACCGCACUGCUUGCCUCCGGGUAGAUCUGAACCGCAGUCUCACGCGCCGCCAGGACCCACUCGCCGCUGCCGCCUCCACAGCACCCAUGGGGACCUGGAGACUUUAAAAGGAGUUUGGGGUUUUCGGGAGCAGGGAAAUCACGGAUCUCAGUUCCUGGCCCUGGCCUCGCCGCGUCAUUGAUGGGCAACCAACUGGACCGCAUCACCCACCUCAACUACAGCGAGUUGCCCACUGGGGACCCAUCUGGGAUUGAGAAGGACGAGCUGCGGGUCGGGGUUGCCUACUUCUUCUCGGAUGAGGAGGAGGACCUGGACGAACGCGGGCAGCCGGACAAGUUUGGUGUGAAGGGCCCCCCAGGUUGCAGCCCCUGCCCAGAGAGCCCCAGCCGCCACCACCACCACCUGCUGCACCAGCUCGUCCUCAACGAGACUCAGUUCUCCGCCUUCCGGGGCCAGGAAUGCAUCUUUUCCAAAGUAACCGGCGGCCCUCAGGGCGCCGACUUGAGUGUCUACGCGGUCACCGCGCUGCCCGCGAUCUGCGAGCCGGGCGACUUGCUGGAGCUGCUGUGGUUACAGCCCGCGACCGAGCAGCCCGCCCGCCCGCACUGGGCCGUCUACGUGGGCGGCGGGCAGAUCAUCCACCUGCACCAAGGCGAGAUCCGCAGGACAGGCCUGUACCAGGCGGGCGCGGCCAACGUGGGCCGGGUGGUGAAUAGCUGGUACCGCUACCGCCCGCUGGUGGCCGAGCUGGUGGUGCAGAACGCCUGCGGCCACCUGGGCCUCAAGAGCGAGGAGAUCUGCUGGACGAACUCCGAGAGCUUCGCCGCCUGGUGCCGCUUUGGAAAGCGCGAGUUCAAGGCUGGCGAGGUCCCCGCAGGCACGCCACCCCCGCAGCAGCAGUAUUAUCUCAAGGUGCAUCUGGAGGAGAACAAAGUCCACACGGCCCGUUUCCACAGCCUGGAGGACCUCAUCCGGGAGAAGCGCCGCAUAGACGCCAGUGGCCGCCUGCGAGUGCUGCAGGAGCUUGAGGACUUCGUGGACGACAAGGAGUAACCCCAGAGCAGCAGCCCUGCGCGCUUCUUCUCACUCCCGGAGCUCCUUUCCUGUCCCCGCAGCUCUGCACCCCGCACCCCCUAGCGCACCCGCCCAGGGCCAGCGGCUGGAAGCUUCAGGAACUCACACCGGCACCGGGCGGGCGCAGCUAUGC